CCGCCUCCCCCUCUCUUUCUUCCCCAACUUCAGCAACACAACCUCAGACCGCCAUAUCAAUUUUAUCUCCUCCAAUAACCACCCCCACCCGCCGGCGCCUCCUCCUCCUCCUCUCUCAUAUCAAGCACCAUGAGGUCCAAACUUCAAUGUGGCAUCAAUCUGAAGGUCAUCCUCCUCUGCUGCUUCCUCAUCUUCCUCCUCACCAUCUUCAUAACCAGAUCAACCUUCUCUUCAUCAUCACCACCAUCUUCAUCCACCAAUUCCUCGCAAUCCCAUCUCAUCUCAACCUCUGAACCCCAACAACAACAACCGUGCGAUCAGCCCUUCAUCCCAACAUGCACCAAAACCCCACCAUCCCUCGCCCACGCCAUCAUCCACUACGCGACCACAAACGUCACCCCACAACAAACCAUCAACGAAGUCUCCGUCUCCGCCGCGGUCCUUUCCCAAAAAGCACCCUGCAACUUUCUAGUCUUCGGCCUCGGCUUCGACAGCCUCAUGUGGACGGCUCUCAACCACGGCGGAAGAACCGUCUUCCUCGAAGAAGACAGUUCAUGGAUCGAGCAGAUCAAACAGAAGCUGCCGGGGUUGGAGGCCUACCACGUGACGUACGACACCAAGGUUCACGAAGCGGACAAGCUCAUGGAGAUGGGAAGGAAGGAAGAGUGCAGGGCUGUCGGGGAUCCAAGGCUUUCAAAGUGCGAGUUGGCGCUCAAGAACUUGCCGAGCGAUGUGUACGAUAUAGAGUGGGAUUUGAUCAUGGUGGAUGCGCCGACGGGGUACUUCGACGGAGCUCCGGGAAGAAUGAGCGCCAUAUACACGGCGGGGCUGAUGGGGAGGAACAGGGAGGAUGGGGAAACUCAUGUGUUUGUGCAUGAUGUGGAUAGAGUGGUUGAGGACAGCUUCUCCAAGGCAUUCCUCUGUGAGGGGUACUUGACGGAGCAGGAGGGCAGGAUCAGGCACUUCACUAUUCCCAGUCACAGGGCUCGAUUAGGUAGACCGUUCUGCCCUUAGAUGAUGAUCUUCUCGAACAAAUCUCUCACAAAGUUUUACUAGUGUUCUUCUUUUUAAAUAUUUUUGUCUUAAAUUAAUGCAAAACAAAAAGUAGUCCCGACAUGCUAGACAUGGGAAAGAGAUGCUCUCAUAAACUCUUCCACUAAAGACAUUUAAUCAAGUCAUCCGAAUACUUGAAAUUUGAUUUAAUGGUUAAAAACAGAAGCUUCUUUAAAAGUUAUAAUAACUUUAGUCGUUAGAUUAAAUUUCAAGGAUUCAGAUCACUUGAUUAGGUGACCUUAGUAGAAUAGAUUAGGAGAGGAUCUCUUUCCCUAGACAUGUGUUCAUUUCCUUGGUGUGUAUGUGUUUUUUUGGCCUUAUGUUUGGGAGAUGACUUUUACACAUGUUUUAUCUUCUUA